CAGCAGCCCAUUCAUUCUGUUUACUUAGCUGUAGCUCCUGAAAAACACGAGAGGUGACUAAAACCUUGUCAAGCAUUCCUUUUGAAUUUGGUUUUUAAAGAGCCUUCUAAUUCAGAGGGGGCACUUUUUUAAAAAUCUAAUUAUGAUCUAUCUUAUUGUACUAGCACUCUGCUGUAGCUUUUUCUCUAGCAGAGCCACCCCUCUUCUACAUGAGUUUUUGGACUGUGAUGAUCCUGAUGUCUUUCAAGCUGUUGACACAGCACUGAAGAAAUACAACGGAGACAUAGCAACUGGUAAUCAAUUUGCUCUGCACAUGGUGAUGGAAGCCAAGAGAACUGCAGGUCCUGAAGCACAGUUCUAUGUGAAAUACCGAAUACAAGAAACCACUUGUGCCACUAAUGAAAACAAACUCUGGCAAGAUUGUGAUUACAAAGUAUCUGCAGAGGCUAAAACAGGAGAAUGCACAGCUCAGGUUCACAUGAAUAAUGCUGAAAAAACAAGUAAUGUUUCACAAGACUGCAAAAUAUUUCCAGCUAUGCCAAAGAUAACACUUACUCAGGCUACAUGUCUUGGAUGCUUUCAUCCUAUAUCAAGUGACAGUUCAGUAGUGCUGGAAAUUCUGAAACAAGCCAUUCAGAAGUUUAACAAGCAUAGUGGUGAACCUGCCCUUUUUAAGCUUGUGGAAAUAAAAGAAGCUACAAGACAGGUGGUAGCUGGAUGGAAUUAUGCAAUUAAAUAUGAAAUUGAGGAGACUAAUUGCUCCAAAGACCAAUUUCAAGAUUUAACUCCAGAGUGCAAAACCACUUCCAGAGGUCAUGUAGGUAAAUGUGAUGCCAAAGCAUAUCAAAGUCUUCAGAAAGUGAUUGUGGAUAUUGUAAGCCAGUGCAAGCUUCCAGUUGAAGAGACAGUAAUUCCUGCCACUCAAACUGGUUGUCCAAAGACUGUCGCAAAAGACAACCCAGAACUGAAGGAACUACUGAAGGUUUCCAUGGAGAAGUAUAAUUCAGAAAGCAAUGAUGAUUUCUACUACAAAAGUGGAGAAAUAGAAGCAGCGACAGUUCAGGAGGUUGCAGGACAAAAAUACCAUGUAACAUUUUCAGUCCGGAAGACAAACUGUUCAAAGACAGACUUUGAAAAAAUUAAUGAAGACUGCGAAGCCACAUCAGACAGUGUGCCAUUGUCAUGUGAAGCACAAAUUCAUGUGAUCCCAUGGGAGAAUAAAAUCUUUCCCCAGGUUAACUGCUCGAAAGAACGGUCAAAGGCUGUAUUACUAAGAAGGCCUCCUGGAUUCACACCUUUUCGAAGACUUGUUAUGCUAAAUCAGCCAAAUGAAAUGCCGUGCUCUGAUAAAAAUGAAGAAGAAAAGCAAAGACCUGAUAAAGAAAUGAGAGAAGAUGAGCAAAGACCUGAUAUAGAAACAAGAGAAGAUGGUGCACAGGAACCAGAAGGUGAAGGUGAACCUGAGCAUAAACACGGGCAUGAACAUGGGCAUAAACAUGGGCAUGAACCUGAGCAUAAAUACGGGCAUGAACACGGGCAUGAGCAGGGGCAUAAACAUGGGCAUCAUCAUGGGCAUCAUCAUGGGCAUAAAAAGGAUCAUGAGCCUGACAGAAGGUAUAAACAUCAAAAUGGUUGCAGGCACGGAACUGGUCAUGGGUGUGGGCAUAAAAAACACAGUAAAAAUGGGAAACAUAAACAUCCAAACCCCAAAUCUUCUGAGGAGUCCAAUGAAAGUGGUUUUAACCUAAACAAAACCCUCCCAUCACCCAGUGCUGAAACAGCAUCAGAGAUAGGUAACCCAGGGGUUGCAAGAAAGGAAACCAGUACACCUGCAGAACCACUAAUUCUUCCUGAUACUUCUCUAUUUAAUGGGUUGUCAGAUCGCCCAGAAUCUCCUCUCCCCAGAUGCCCUGGAAAACCAUGGAAAGAAAUUAUGGACAUUCCAGCACCUUCUAGCUUUCCCAGAGAAUUCACAAAUGAGGAUCUCUUGCCUUCUGCAGUAGAAAACAGCAAUCCAGCGACAGAAAUCUCAACACCUUCCCAAAAUGAAAUGAAAGACCUUGAUCUCUCAGAUGCUUUACUAUAAUUCAAACACUGUAGU